AUGCUUAUAGAAGAUUUAUUCAUCGUUGCCAAAACUUUGAAGCAACCAAUCUAUCCUUCAGCAGGGCCAGAAGCCUUUCCAAAUCCCUUUCCCCGUGGGACAAGACUGGAGCUUGGGGAAGCGUAUGGGCACCAUAAAUCUGAGUGGGGCCAUUUGUUGGGGGAGGUGGAAUAUCACCCUUACCUCAACCAAAGCAAAUUCCUGGAGUACUGUAAGUCCAAGGACAUUGUCAUGACUGCAUAUUCUGCCUUGGGGUCUGACUCAGACAAAGACUGGGUGAAAAAAGGCAACCCAGUUCUCCAGGAGGAUCCAAUACUCAAUGCCAUUGCUGAAAAGCACAGGCGAACCCCAGCCCAGGUCGCCUUGUGCUACCAGCUGCAGCGCGGGGUGGUGGUCCUGGUGAAGAGCUUCAAUGAGAAGAGAAUCAAAGAAAACUUCCAGGUUUUUGACUUCCAGCUGACACCAGAGGACAUGAAAACCACAGGUGGCUUGAACAAGAAUAUACGCUAUUUGUAA